AUGGCUACCCAGUACGAGAUCGAGCACGGCAUCAAGCCCAAAGCCCCCUCCUCCUCCUCCCGCCGCAUCGACAUGUCCACCUUCCACUCCUUCCUCGACCAAAUCUCCACGACCGCCAACCCAACCGCCUCCUCCACCCUCUCCACGGGGCCCCACAACAACCCCCACGCCACCCCGACCCCCGUCGACGUCGCCCGCCUCCUCCGCCUCGUCCAGGAGCAGAUGGAGACCCUCGCCACCACCAGCCCCGACCCGGCCAACCGCGAAUUCCUCACCCGCCUCGUCGCCUCCCUCGAAGAGGACAUCCUCGACCCCCGAAGACAGCAAGGGCUGCUGCCCCUGUGCCGCAAGGACUUUUCCAAGAAGAAGGAGGUCGUCGUUCCCGAUAGCGAGGAUGAGGAUGAGGAUCCCAUGGGCAUGUUUUCUUGA